AUGUCGUCGUGUGUCUUCCAAUAUCCAACACAACAAAUCAACGUGGCGCCGAAAAAUGGCGCGAAAAAAGUUCGGCCAGCCGAGUUGCGCCUUCAGGCGCCCCAAUCCGCACGAGACCUGGUACGGUACCAAAAAAAAAUUUCGCGCGCGAAAAAUCAACGUCGUAAAAAUCGAGUUAUGACGUGGCUUUUUGUUUUUGCAGAUUCAAGAUGAGUGUCGAAGUUUGGUGUUGUCGAAUCAGCAGCUGAAAAGAUUGAUGGCGGCGAUGGAGAAAAGCAUGGAAGAGGGCUUGGCUAGUGAGUUUUUUGGGGUUUCGAGGGUUUGCGACGAAAAUCGCGAGCUGAGAUGUGGAUUUUUGAAAUCCGCGUGGAAUUUUGAGCCGGGGACAGUUUUUCUGAGAAAAAUUGAAAAAUGUUUACUAGCGGGAUCGAACCCGCGACCUUUUGAUUGAUAAAAGUUCAAAUCUUUAACCGACUGAGCCAUUUGUGCUAAAUCUCGAGUUUAUGCUGAAAAAACCACUUUUCCCGCUCCAAAUUCCACGUGGAAUCCGAAUUUUCAUAUGAAAUUCACGAAAAAUUACUCGGCGACCUAGAAAAUUGGAUUCCACGUGGAAUUUUGAGCCGGGAAGUCGUUUGCUGGGAAAAAUUGAAAAAAAGUUUACUACGGGGAUCGAACCCGCGACCUUUUGAUUGAUAGAAACUCAAAUCUCUAACCGACUGAGCCAUUUGUGCAAAAUCUCGAGUUUAUGCUGAAAAAACCACUUUUCCCACUCCAAAUUCCACGUGGAAUCCGAAUUUUCAUAUGAAAUUUACGAAAAAUUACUCGGCGACCUAGAAAAAUGGAUUCCACUUGGAAUUUUGAGCCGGGGAGUGGUUUUGAUGAAAAUUAAAAAAAAAAGUUUACUACGGGGAUCGAACCUAGCACCUUUUGAUUGAUAGAAACUCAAAUCUCUAACCGACUGCGCUAUUUGUGCAAAAUCUCGAGUUUAUACUGAAAAAUCCACUUUUCCCGCUCCAAUUUCCACGUGGAAUCCGAAUUUUCACAUGAAGUACCUGAAAAUUGGCCCCGAGACCUAGAAAAAUGGAUUCCACGUGGAAUUUUGAGCCGGGGAGUUGUAUUGAUGAAAAUUAAAAAAAAAGUUUACUACGGGGAUCGAACCCGCGACCUUUUGAUUGAUAGAAACUCAAAUCUCUAACCGACUGAGCCAUAUGAUUGAAAAAUAACGAAUUGUUGUCAAAAAUCGGUUAAAAAACAUGUUUCUGGAUCAAAUUUUUUCGAAAAAUCUCUCCGAGACCUAGAAAAAUGGAUUCCACGUGGAAUUUUGAGCCGGGGAGUUGUUUUGAUGAAAAUUAAAAAAAAAAAAGUUUACUACGGGGAUCGAACCUGGCACCUUUUGAUUGAUAUAAACUCGAAUCUCUAACCGACUGAGCCAUUUGUGUUAAAUCUCGAGUUUCUGCCAAAAUCGAGCAUUUUUAGCUCAAAACCACUUUUCCGGCUCAAAAAUCCACGUGGAAUCCAAAUUUUAUGGUCCCAAAACCUAGAAACCUACUAAAAAACUGAAAAAAUUAUUUCCAGCUUCCACCAAAAAAGUGGCAGUGAAAAUGUUGCCCACCUACGUGGAUUCUGUACCAAACGGCACAGAACGUGGCGAUUUUCUGGCGUUGGAUUUGGGCGGCACCAAUUUCCGCGUGCUACACAUUCGAUUGGACGGCACUCCGCAGGCGGAGAUGCGCGGAAAGAUUUUCCGCGUUCCGGAAAGUAUUAUGCGCGGAAGCGGCGAAGCGCUUUUCGAUCAUAUCGCCGAUUGUAUGGCCAAGUUUAUGGAGGAGAAUGGUUUGAGGAAAGAUGUUAAGCUUCCGCUUGGUUUCACUUUUUCAUUUCCAUGCGCGCAACAAGGAUUGACUAAGUGAGUUUUUGACGCAAAAUUUGAAAAUUUUCAGAGAAAUCAUUCAUUUUGACCCAAAAUUCAUCAAAUUUGACCGAAAAUCAUGUUAAAUACCAAAUUUAGGCACAAAUCCGGAUACAUUAGGCCUUAGAGUCCUAAAUUAGGCCUUAGAGUCUUGAAUUUGGCCUUAGAGCCUUAAAUUAAGCUUUGGAGCCGCUAGAAAGACUGUUAAGCCUUAAAAAUGACAUUCAAGCCUUAAAUUAGGCCUUAGAGCCUUUAGAAAGACUUUAAGACCCUAAAAAUGACCUUGGAGCCUUAAAUUGGGCUUCAGAGCCUUUAUUAAGACUUUUAAGCGUUUAAAAUGACAUUAAAGCCUUAAAUUAGGCCUUAGAGCCGCUAGAAAGACAUUAAACCGUUAAAAAUGACCUUGGAGCAUUAAAAUGGGCCUUGGAGCCGCUAGAAAAACUGUUAAGCCUUAAAAAUGACCUUAGAGCCUUAAAUUGGGCUUUGGAGCCUUUAGAAAGACUUUAAGACCUUAAAAAUGGCCUAAGAACCUUAGAUUUGGCCUUAGAGCCUUUAGAAAAACUGUUAAGCCUUAAAACUGGCCUUUGAGCCUUUGAAAGGAACUUGGGGCCCUAAAAUCGACUUUAGAACUUCAAAUUAGGCCUUAGAGCCUUAAAUUAGUCCGUUGAGCCUCGAAAUUGGUUCAAAACCUUUUGGAAAGACCUUGAUGCCUUAAAUUAGGUCUUAAAGCUUAAGUUAGGCCUUAGAGCCUUAAAUUAGGCUUCAGAGCCUGAAAAUCAGUCAAAAAUACCACAAAAAUGCUCCAAAUUUCACCAAAAAUCCCAUUUUCUCACUCAAAACUCACUGGCAAUUAAUUUCCAGAGGCAAACUCAUCUCGUGGACCAAAGGUUUCAAAGCUUCGGGAGUUGAGGGAAGUGACGUAGUCACACUUUUACGAGAAGCUUGUCAUCGACGAAAAGAUAUUGAUAUUGAUGUUGUGGCGUUGUUGAAUGACACUGUUGGAACACUUAUGGCUUGCGCAUUUCAGGAGAAUACUUGUCAGGUUAGCAAAUUUCGGGAAAUGAUGGAAAAUCGCUAGAAAAUGAGCCAAAAAUCGAUAAUUUUGAAGGAUUUUGAGCCAAAAUUCAUGAUUUUUGAUGAAAAUUGAGCGAAAAUCGAUUUUCCAAGAAUUUUUAUCUGAAAAUAUAUAGAUUUUGAAGAGGUCACGUCUGAAAUAUCACAGUUUUUUUCCAAAUUCUUUUUUUUUUAAAUUAAAUUUUAGAAAUUUUAAAUUGCCACGUCAUAUGUCACGUCUUUGAAUUUUGGCGGGGGAUUUUUCUACAGUAACCUACAGUAGUUCUUAUGUGCAAAAUUUCAAGAUUUUUCUUAAUUUUUGAGCUUGAAAUUUUAAUUUUAAAAUUGCUUUAAAAUUUUGAGAAAAAAAUCAUUUUUAAAAGAAAAAAUCUGAAAUUUCUGAAAUUUUAGCUCAAAAAUCCUGGAAUCAGAAAAAUCUAGCCUUUUUUGGAAUAAAACAUUUCAGAAUUUUCACGAUCAAAAAUAGAGUUGGGUUAACUUUUAACACUUUUCCUUUAAAAAACUAGUAUACUCUUCGUGAAGUGUAGUUGGAGAGAGUCUCAGGGUUCCCAACUGUUAUACUUUUUAUGUGAUCUAUUCUCAAAGUCAGAGUGAGGGGGGGGUUCCCAUUUUGAAGAAAAAAAUCCCCUGAAGUAACAAUAAGCGUGUUCCAAAAGUUGCAGCGCUCAAACCCCCAAAAAAAGAAAAAAACAAAUGAAAAUUCACGAAUACUUCUACCGUACCCCUCAUCAAAGGCGCACACAAUUUUUCUCCCGUGUCUCACAACGCGCGUUGAUUUUUCAAAAAACGAAGCGGUGUUUGCACAAAAAGAAACAUUUAAUGUGACGCCAAAUUUUCAGUGAUUUCGUUUUUUAUAAGGGGAGGAUAAGAAAUUUCAAAUUGCCACGUCAUAGGUCACGUCUGAAAUAGCUGAGUUUCAUAAAAUUUGAAUUUUCGAAUUUUGUCGUGGGAUUUUUCUACAGUAAUCUACAGUAGUACUUAUGUGCAAAAUUUCAAGAUUUUUCUUAAUUUUUGAGCUAGAAAUUCUAAUUUCAAAAAUUGCUUAAAAUUUUGAAAAAAAAUCAUUUUUAAAAGAAAAAAUCUGAAAUUUCUGAAAUUUUAGCUCAAAAAACCUGGAAUCAGAAAAAUCUAGCUUUUUUUGGAAUAAAAAAUUUCAGAAUUUUCACGAUUAAAAUUAGAGUUAGGUUAACUUCUAAAGCCUAUCUUAUUUUGUUUCAGAAAGGCCGAAAUUCAAGUUCAGCUCAAAAUUUAGGCCCAGACUUAUGCUAUCUCAAAAAAUUCGCAUUUAAUUCCAGAUUGGUGUAAUCGUCGGAACUGGCACCAAUGCGUGUUACAUGGAGCGAAUGGACAGAAUUCCAAAAUUAGCCGGCUACGUCGAUGAACACGAUCACACUCCCGAAGAAAUGAUAAUCAAUACAGAAUGGGGUGCAUUUGGCGACGAUGGAACAAUGCAUUUCUGUCGAACAAAAUGGGAUGAUCAAGUGGAUCGAGAAUCGAUUAAUCCAGGUCAACAACUCUACGAAAAAAUGAUAUCCGGAAUGUAUAUGGGAGAAGUUGUCAGAGUGAUUCUCGAGGAUUUGGCUCGCAAGAAUUUGCUAUUCUGUGGAAAUUUCGAGGCAAUUUCCAAAGCGCAUUGUUUUCCGACGAAAUUUGUGUCAGAAAUUGAUCAGGAUUUGAUAGAUUCAGAACAGGAUGACGCGAAUUUCCAGAAAACCUAUCAAAUUUUGGAGGAUAUUGGGAUUGAGACGGUUUCCAGCUCGGAUUGUGCGAAUGUCGCGUAUGUUUGUAGUUUGGUCUCGACACGGGCUGCACAUUUGACGGCGGCGGGAAUUGCGAUGCUUUUGAAUCGAAUGAAUAAGCGGAUGGUGACGGUUGGUGUGGAUGGAAGUGUUUAUCGAUUUCAUCCGACUUAUCCGAAAUUGUUGGAUGAGAAGAUUGAUGAAUUGAUUGUGGGCGAUAUUGAGGUGAGAGUUUGGGACUAGAUAAGCCUAGGGUUAGGCCUGAAAAUCCACGUUUUUUGAGUCUAAACAAGCCUAGGGUUAUUUCAAUUAUAAUGUGGAUUUUUGGCCUGAAAAUUGGGGGUUUUUUGAGCCUAAACAAGGCCAGGCCAUUUUUUGGGCUCAAAAUCCAAGCCUAGAGAAAGCCCGGAAAAAUCCACGUUUUUCAAGUCUAGAUAAGCCUAGAUUCAAGCCUGAGCUAAAAUUUUAGAGAUCAAACUAGACUAUAUUUUUGGGCCUGAAAAUUUGGGAUUUUCUGAGUCUAAAUAAGCCCAGAUCUAAAAUUCAGGCCUGAUAAAAUCCACGUAUUUUGAGCCUAAACAAGUCCAGACCUAUAUUUUGGGCUUAAAAUCUAAGCCUAGAGAAAAAUCCACGUUUUUUGAGUCUAGAUAAACCUAGAUUCAAGCUAAAAUUUUAGAGGUUAAACUAGACUAUAUUUCUGGCCCUGAAAAUCUGGGAUUUUCUGAGCCUAAAUAAGCCCAGACCUAAAAUUCAGGCCUGAGAAAAUCCACGUAUUUUGACCCUAAAUAAGCCUAGUUUUAGGCUUAGGGUUACUGUAGGGGUUUUGAGCUGAAAAAUCUUUAUUUUCUGAACUUUGAGCUCAAACUUGCUCUAAAAAUCUGAAAAUCCAAAGAUUUUCGAAUUUUCUCUUCAAAAAUAUAAAUUUUAGUGCAAAAUUUGAUGGAAUGCUGAAAUUUCAAUGUUUCUAUGAAAAUUCUGAAUUUUUGAGAACCUACAGUAAUCCUGGGCUUAUUUAGACUCAAAAAAUCCGGAAUUUCACGAGGUUUUUCAAGCUACAGUACUCCCCAACCGCAAAAUCUACAGUACCCCUCAAAAAUCAAUAAUUUUUUUUGCAGUACCAAUUGAUGUUGUCGGAAGAUGGUUCGGGACGCGGUGCCGCUUUGGUCGCCGCCGUCGCCACGCGGAUCAAAGCGGAAAAGCUGGCGUUGCGCAAAUUGUCGGCCAUCAAAUUCUCAUCAAAUUAG